AUGUUUUCCGCGCUUCGCUUCGCCACGGAUCGAGGCUUUUCGUGCGCGACAUCGCUGGUCGUCGAGUUAUUGACCGUCUUCUGCACGAUAGAGACAGGAAGGAUCUCAUUGUUCUUGGUAGGGUUAAUUCUUUUUUACUUUCGUGUCUUGAAAGUUCGCUCCAUUAAACUAACCUGGUAAGAUUCAAUCUAUUGAUCUAUAGACCCGCCUAUUCAAGCGCGCCGGUCGUGUUAAGGUAGUUGAGAAAGACUUUUCGGUCAUAAAAUGGAAGAUUGUGAUAUUUCCGAAGUGCGAAUUAUCUUGUUACCUCAAGAGAAAGGCUCUAAACAAAUUGCAACGAAAAAAAAAUUCAAUUUUUCGGACUUCGAAACAGAUGACGCAAUAUUGACCGGCCAGUGGUUUUAGCUCUUCAUCAAAAAUGCGUGUCUAAGAAAAAAAUAAUUGUAUUUCAUUCAGAAAAAAAUAAUAAUGAGUAACCCGGAAUUUUCUUUAUCAUGCAUUUUUUUUUCGUUUCCAAAAAAGCUAAUUUUAAAUUGAUAAGUUUUCAUUAGUAAUGAUUCUUUUCCGAAAUUUCAGGCAAAUAUAUCAUCCUGCAGGGCAUUUGCGCAGAAGUCGUUGAAAACACUUCUUCGGAAUCUUUUCUGCGGGAAACAUUGCCACCAAAUUUGCUAGCAUACUGUGGUUUGAAAAGUCGCUGAUUUUUGAAGGCCCAGUCUGAUUUCUGUAACCUUUUUCUUUUUUUAUUGUUAUCUUGUUAAAUUUAUAGCUCGAAAAUUUCACACAAAGUGAAAUUAAAUGUAGUAUAUAUAUUUUCUCAUAGCCUCAUCGAACUUUUUUUUCGUGUACGAGGUGAAGAGGUAAUUCAUUUACCCAGAAAAUUAUGGAUUCGAUUCGUAUUUUGCAAAGUGUACCCAUGUCAACAUGACCUUCUCUGUGAAUGAUUAUGACAAUACACGCAUAAAAUUGUUUUCACCUUUGCCAUGUCAACACGGUACUGUUCUUUCUUAUUUGCGUCUCAGAUUGACUAGCUCUAUUCAUCAAAAUGGCGAUCAGAGACGUUUGAAGCUGUUAUAAAGAGAAAGAUGUGCUUUAAAAAAAAAGAACCUCAAAAUUUAGCGGUUCGAUUUACGAUACCCUUUGUUACCGCAAGCACCGCCUCAUUACGUCGGAUGCAUUUUAUUUGACGAGCUUAUGGUCAACGAUCGUUUUAUUUCAUUUUUUUUUAUGGCGUGUUCUUUUGGAGAAACGGAACAUGCUUCAAAACGAAAAAUCGUGUUCAUCGGCGCGCCAAAGUUGCUCCAAAACAGUACUAAUUUUUGUUUUGGAGCAAUUUUUUUGCGUUUCGAAGCGAUUUUUGUUUUGUCCGAUGAACACACCAUUAAAGUUUUGUGGCGUGUUCAUCGGAUAAACAGGAAACGAGAAAAUUCAUUGAGUAAUUGCUUUGAAAACUGUUUUGGACGUUCGUCAGACGAUAAGUCGAGUUUGUUUAUUAUAAUGUUGUAGUUUAUAGGCUAAGGCGUAUCAACUCUUUUUGGGGGACGAGGAAGAUGAAAAAAGAAGCUGAUAAUUGCUUUUGCUUAAUGCCGUUACGAUCUAGGAAACAGCAUUGAAGUUUGAUCUUUAAUUUUUUAUGAAAUUUGGUUUUUUCAUUCAGCUCGACGGUUUUUGUGCAAUCGUCAAUUCCAUCUAAUAUGUUAAGGUGCAUCUGCUGGGAAGGGGUGAUUUCAAGGAUUCCGAUCGUCUUUGGUGAUAAACUGACUUAUUUUUCGAAAAUUUCUUGCUCUACAGUUCGUGCUCUUCUUUUGCUUCUUUUCUUUAAAAAGGGAACGAGAGAUUUCUUCCGCACGCUGCAUGGUUCACGAUUUUUCGAUUUUCUGCAAGAAGCACCAUCUUGGCCACGAUUUCACGCUUGAUAAGAGCUUCCCCCGCGUUAUCACUUCUUGAAGCCUCUUGAUUAAUAUUUUGCGUGGGUGUUUAUUACUCAUUUUAAUUUUCGGGCAAUCUUCACGCUUCAGGACAUCCGCGCCAAAGGUGUCGAAAACACAUAUUCGGCAGAAUUUCUGUGGGCAACCCUGCCAAAAAUUUUGCGAGGGUAUCGCUUCCAGAAAUCGGAGCUCUAUUUAUUUUUUUAAUCGAGUUUAUUACAUUUAAUUACUCCGUUACUUGUUGCACCUCUACUUGUUCCCGUUCGUGUCCCAUUUCUGUAUAGAGUCAUGAAAGUUUAAUUUUGCCAUUGUCUGCGAUUUUUCCCCAUGAUUUACUUCCUUCCUUGUGAAUUCAAUUAAACUUUUGAAGCUUAUCAGACUUACCGGAAUGAAGAUAUUAUCAGAGUAUUUCUUUUCGAACUUGAAAAUUCUUGUUUAUUUACAAAGUGGAAUAUUUGUUUUUAAAAAAUGAUUUUUUCAAUGAAAUUUUUCUUUUACCCUUUUUUUAAAAAUUUUUUUAGCGCGUCGUAUUGAUUCUUGAAAAAUACCUGUUCUUUCCUCGUUUUUCAAAUUUCAGACGUAAAACUUAUUUAAAAAAAUCUUACAGUUAAUGUUUCACGAUAUAUUUCAUUCAAGUUAAUUUUUUGGCUAAAAUCAUUGCAUAAAUGGUUUAAAAAAAGCAUAUAAUAUAUGUUGCUAUGUUAUUUUGGCCAGAGAAGACUUCUGCGGGGCCGAGAAAUGAUUUUUUGAGCGAAUAAUUUAUUUUUCAGAGGUUCUGCAAGAAGAAGAAAUUUACCAGCAGAGCUUCUCUAAAGCAAAAGUAGAUUUUCAAGAAUUUAUUCGUUUGUUUGGAUGUCAUGAAGGUAAGUUUUUUUUUUCAAUUUUGUUCAAAAAUAUGCCUCUGAUCUGCCACUCGGACAUUGGUGACGCAAACGGAAGGGUUCCGGACGUUUCUGAGAAAUUCUAGGGAUCACUUGAAAGCUCUGAGGCUACUAAAGUGGUCACUAGAAAUGCCCAGAAACUUCUGAGCACGCCUAAAAAAAACUAAAUGUGGAAAUCAGUGUCAUUUUUUUGAUUAUCAAAAUACUUGAAGAGCUGGAAAGAGUUACAGAAGACAUAAUGGUGAACUAUCAGUCGUUCCAAUCAUUGAUAUAUGAUUUCACCAAAAGCAACGAUUUGCAAGGAAUCAAGGUAAAAUUUAUUUUGUUUGAAAAUCCCUGCUAGAGUUUUUGAAAUACUUGUACAUAGUUAAAACGGAAAAAGUUCCUUUGAGGAUCCUUCUAAAAUGACGUGAAAACGCUUUUCAGCUUCUUUUUCAUAUCCUCAGCGGAUAAUUUUUGAAUCCGCUCGAAUCUUUUUAGUUGCUUUCCAGCAGCCUUUUUUGUUAAAAGAUGUGAAAAAGAUACAAAAUAUAUAUUUUAAAAAAAUCUGCUUGGAAGCCUUUCAAGGUUUUUUUUUAGAAAAGCUUUUGGGUGGCUUUUCAGUUUUGACCGAAACUUCUUAUGACAGUUUUUUGGAACUUAUAAACAUUCCAGAAAGGAAAAUUAAACCUAAUCAUACCAAAAAUUUGAAGUCGGCCACACAAAAUGAGUCGGAGAGUUUCAUUGCGACCGCCCUGAAUCUCCCAAGUCAUUGGAUUCCUUUGGUGGAAGCAUGUAGAGAGGGACUUGUAGAUAUCGUGCGUUUUUUGGUGAGUCCUGUCCGAUUUCAACUGCUCAUCAAAUAUUUUGAGGUCCAAUUGGGCGCCGAUCCCGAAGUUCACGCCGCAGGAUUCACGAUGAACCAAAAUGACGACGGUUCAAAAAACCAAUUCGAAGUUUAGUCCAUAAAACUGCGAUUUUCAGUGUGGAGCUCAUCGGAAUCACCUCUGGAAUUGGCGAUCAGACGAGUCGGAUCGAAAGAUCUCACUGAUAUCUCUGAUAUCCGGACUCAAGACGAUUUCAUGGUUAUUUACCGAAAAAUUGCAUUUUAGGAUUUAUGAACGUUUCUGUGACCUAUUGCUGAUUAGUGAACAAACAAGGCUUUUUAGAAAUCAUAAUAUUUCUUCUUAUUGUUAUAAUAUAGGAUUGUUUUUUAUGUUUUGAAUCAAAGUUUUGCGGCAGACUUCCACUGCACUUUUUAUCACCAGGAAAUUAUCAAUGGACUUGUUCGAAAACGCGAGAAAAAGGCUUCCAAAACAAGACAUGGACUGUUUCGGAGCAAUUUCGAAACGGAGCAUUUUUAGGAAUGGAAAAAAAUUACUCUCUUGUUGUUUGUGAAGGAUUUAUCUCUCGAAGUUACAGAGUAGUCACGUCUCAAUAAAUUAGGGAUUUUUAGUGACCACUUUAGUAGCGUCAGCACUCUUAAGUGAUCCCUAGAAAUGCUCAGAAACGUCCGGAGCGCACCCGGUUUUCGUUCCGAAUGGAUAGCGGGUUAAAAAAUGAAUAUUUCUCUAGCUUCUCCUAUUUUUCCGCAUCAGACGUGUCAGCGCAUUUUUAGUCACAACUUUAGUAGCUUUAGCGCUCUUAAGUGAUCCCUAGAACCGUCCAGGAUCAUCCGGUUCUCUUUAGUGAGGUACGAGAAUAAAUUUCGUUAUUCACUAGUUGACUAUGGGGCACAAAAACGCAGUCGCAUUUCUUUUCGAGCGUUUCUAUUUCAUAAUGAAAAGCAAGUUCGCUUCCAGAUAAUCCGAAUCCUUGUAGAGGAGGGUAAAGUCGACUUGAGAAAGCUCCUCGGAUCGCAACCGCCUCUUUUCCUCGCUCUCGAAUUUUGUAAUCUUGAACUGGGUAGCUAGAAAAAAUUGCUGGAACUAUCUGAUGUGUCAUUUGUAGCUAAAUACCUCUGCGAACAUGGGGCAAGCGUUCAGGAUCGGAAUUCUGAAGGAAUGACCUGCUUGAUGAUGUCUGAUUGUUACAAAUCACCCAAAUCAGUAUAAAUCUUGAUUUCUUUAUUGUCUUCCGUAAUGAGAAUUUUUCAGCGGGAACUUUUCAACUUUUUUGUGGAGCAAGGCCUUUCAGUCGACGCCGUCACUAUUAGGGGUGAAUAGAAAUUAUUUUCACCUUUUUAAUUAUUUUCAUCCGAUUUUUAAUCUAGUUUUUUUUCGAAAACUUCUAGGAAUGGUGUGCUUUUUAACAAAAUUGAAGUUUUAUUAUGGGGUUGAUUUUUUUAACCUAACUAGGAAGCGUUUUCUAUCCCUCGGUUGAACUUUCGGUGAAACUUUGCUGAAGUUUACUCUAGGACCCCCCAGAUUGCAGACAAGAGAACAUUUUCUCGGACAUGGUUUUUUUUUCCGAGUUCCGGGAAAAUUUUUAGUGGCCACUUAAGGGGUUAAAAAUUAGUGGCUACUAUAGGGAUCAAUGGAUCAACAUAACUGGUCCAAUCUGUUUUGAAAUGGUCAUAGUUACUGGAAGGAAUACUGGAUGAAAAAAAACUACUGAAGUGGCCACUAAAUAGAAAACCUUUAUAGUGGCCACUGAAACGGAAAAUAGUUGCCACUAUAGAGGUGGGUUUAGUGGCCAUUAUAGAGUCCUCUUCAAGUAGUCUAUGGCGACCCUCUAUAGUGGCCACUAAAAAUUUUCCUAGUAUGAAGCUUCAUGAUCCGUAAAAUAGGACAAAAAAGCGGUAUGGGUAAAAAACGAUUUCUAAUAAACCUAAAUGGCGCAGAAAAAAGUCUGCAUCCAACUUACUGUAAACCUAUCCAAAAAUAAUAAUAAUUCAGAAAAAACGGCGGUUCAAAUCGCUGUGCACCAGGCGAAUCCGUUCCUGGUGAAGUUGCUGACAGCCGAGGGCGCCAAGUUAACUUGUUGCGAAAACGGAGAUCCUCUCCUCUUCAGGGUCGCCCCCGUGUUCGAAAACCCCGAGGCACAACCUCUCUUUUGCGAUUAUUCAUAAUUAUUGUUCCAGACGGAGAUCUUCGAUCACUUGUUCGAAUACGUCAAAGAUGAAACCCAGAAAAAGGACGCCAUGUUACUCAGAGCCGCCACAAGAAUUUUACGUCAAUAUGAUGAAUUUGCCAGGGAAGAGUUGGAAUAUGCGUUCGAGUACGCUUACGGUCAAGAUCGAGUUUGUUAACACAGAAGAUAUAUUUUUAUUCCGCCUUUCCAGGAUUAUAACUUGGAAAAAGAAGACGUCGUGCCCAAUCCUGCCUACGAUUCACUACGGGAAGCCCGUUCCUACAGAGAAUUCCAAGCGGCCGAAGAUAAGAAAAGAUUCACCAUUUUGCAAGUGAGUGAAUGAAACUAUUAACUCUGAUUUUUCCCCAAUUUCAGUGCUUCAUCAUCCGCGAAAGGAUUCUCGGCCAGAAUCAUCCGCAUGUUCGCCAUGAACUCUUUGAAUAUAUCCAAAAUGAAAGCUAUGAAACGGCUUUGGAUAUUCAGUCAGUCGAGAACAGGAAACACGUUUUUAUCCGUAAAGUGUCGUGUGUCGUGUGCAUACACUGCGCCGCUUUCGCGCAGAAAAUUGCGUUUACGCAGGGAUUUGUCUUAAAGACCUCUGGCAAUACGGCGGCCUGCGCCUUUAAUAUGCCCUGUUAUUUACGCUUUUAUAGCUGGAAUCUCUGCCGUUCUCAUGCCACGUGAGAACGGUGGAUAUUUUGGCUCCGCCCACCGUGUUUUUGGUUUCGCAUUUUCUUCCACUAAAAAAACGCAGUAAAAAAAAAAUUGAAAUUUGAAAGAAACAAAAAUAAAGCGAAAAUUCGAAAAAUAUCGAUACGUGCUGUCCAUAGAGCGACUUUACUACAAAAAGCCCUUCCCAGGGUUGUGCGUCAGGCCGAGCGGCCCGGGCUUUGGGCCUCAUUUUUCAAAAAAAGCCCACGUGGGCUCGGGCCGGGCCGGGCUUCAAAAAAAUUUAAAAAUUUCAUUUAAAAAAAUUUUUCACCGAAAUGUGACUUUUACUUCUGAAAUCAUAGUUUUUUUGUUAAACUUUAAUAGAAAAAAAGCCAAAACGUAAUUUUUUUGUCGUAAAAAAACUUGAUAUCCGACUAGAAAAAAAUUGCGCGAUUCGGGCCGGGCGGGCCAUUUUUUCUUGAGGCCCGCUAAGGCCGGGCCGGGCCGGGCUUACGAAAUGGUCGGGGGGCCGGGAGGGUGACGGGCCGGCCCUCGCACAAGCCUGGCCCUUCCAGAGGGAACUCAAACUUUCCUCUCUCCGACUUUAAAUUAUUUUUCUGCAAAACUAGGAAGUCUCAAGUUUAAUGUUCGACAUGCGAGAAAGAACUCUACAAAAAUCGCAUUUUAUCUUCAAACCCAUUUUUUAAUACUCCUAGGCCUUCAAAUACGAAAUAUAAAAGCUUUCUAGGGUCUUUGAAAAAGAGAACGAAGGAAAAAUAACAAAAAACCCUGAUUAAAAACCCUGAUUAGUAUUUUUCUGAUUUCAGGGAUAAUCCCAUCCGAUGCUACAUGCUUUCUCUAUACAAAAGGUGAAAUCAGAUGGAUUCUCAACCUCCAUUUUUUGUUUCCAGAUACGAGAGGCCGUCCUCUGGCGUUUACGCUCAACAAGUUGGAUACCUGAUUGCCUUGCUUCGGGAAAGGAUACUAUUUUUGGACGGGGAACGCCGUGCCGCUGCGAAUCUCGUCUUUUUCGUCUUCGAUCAGAUCUGCCAAAUGUUGAUUGUUCGUCUUCUGGCUAUCUAUAACUUAGAAGAGAACAUUUUGUCUUAAGGAGAGCGAGAGACCUUUCAAGGAAGUUUAUCCGGCGAAAUGGAGCAUGAAUUUGUGUGAGGCCGCUGCGAGGCUCAUCUCUAUGGUAUACUUACCAGAGUAGUCCCAUAGGGCAAUCUUAGGGACCACUUCACUAACCCCUAUACAGCUUGCAAGAGUCGUCCCUAUAGGCGUUUUAGUUAGUGGCCACUUUAGGGGACAUGCUAGUCGAUAAUUGUUAUGAACUCUAAGCGAAGAAGGAAAAACUGAAUAAAAAAGCGUUUUUUGAAUGCAGUUGAAAAACCCUAUAGAGUCCACUUGAGUUUUAGGGGCUCGGAAUUCGGGCCCUAAACCCCUAUAGAGGCCAGCUUAAUUUUACCUCUACAGGGACCACUUUUCGCGCCCCUGUAGGAUUAUGUUUUCUGCCCUAACCCUAUGGGAACAACUCUGGAAUUAAGUAGUUCGUUCGGCGCAACUUAAAGGAGCCUGAUUUCUCUACACCCUCUCAUUCUCCGUUUUUAAGUGAUCUUUUCAUCUCUCUAUAGUCUUGCCGGUGAGAAAAAAGAUACACAGAUAGGUUAGAUUGUUUUGAAAUGUAUCGAAGGGUAUAUUCAAUUCAAACUUAAUGGCACAUCAUAUGUUAUCAAUAAUCUUAUAUUUAUGGUUAUCUUACAUAAAGGAGAAUAUUUUUUUGAACAACAUUAGAAAUUUAAGAGUGAUCCCUAUAGAAGUUAAGAGUAGUCCCUAUAGGGGUCUUUCAACUUUUAUUCAAAAAACGCUUAUUUAUUCAGUUUUCGGCUUCUCCGCAUAGAGUUCAUAAAAUUGUCGACUAGCAUGUCCCCUAUAGGGACCACUAACUAAAUGCUUUAAAGGGACCACUUUCGCGAGCUUUAGUGGCCCCCAUAAACGCUAAAGUUGCCCCUAUAGGAAUCAACUUGGAGAUUCUAAGACAGAAGAAGAAAAAAGUGCAGUGCAUUUUUUCUUUAGAUCAAGCAAAAAAGAAAAUUUAAUUUUUUGCGCCGAAACUCAAAUUUUUAGUUUUCGUUUUCAAUUUGCUUUUCUUCAGAAGUAGAAAUCUUUGUACUUCAACAAUUUGACGCAUAUUCUUACAAGAUGGCACUUUUAUCUAAUCCCUCCUUUGCGAAACGUCUGAAGAUUUUCUUUCUAGGUCAGGAAUUUUGGUUAUUCGGACGACACUGAACUGAUUAUUCGUUUUAGCGUUGUUGUAAGUGUUUGCAAACCUUGAGAUUUAUAAAUUUCUAAAAUUUAGAUUCGCCGUUUCGCCAAGAUCGUGACGCUUCGACGAGUUCCACUUUUCCACUUCGAAGUGUUUUACAUGUAUGGUUCGAGAAAAAUGUUAAACUUAUUCUAAGUUAAAGAGAAAAAGCCCGGAGCUCCAGGGUGGAAAAGACGAGUGAUCCUUAGAGAAUCGGGAGGGUUCACUAAAGUGGAUUUUUAUUCUGUUUUUGUGCGUCAGACCUUGCGGACCGGGCUAUAGGCCUCAUUUUUGAGAAAAAAACCUGCGCGGACUCGGGCCAGACCAGGCUUCGAAAAAUAUUUUGAAUCAAAAAUCACGGGAAGUAUAUUUGUACUUGAUCUCUGUGGAACGCGAAAUUGAAAAAAUAAGCAAAAACAUGACUUUUUUCGUGAAAAACAUCAUAUUCGACUUGAUAAAACUUUGACCUCCGGGCCGGACUUACCAGAAAACGGCCAGCGGGCUGGCCCUUUAGUGUCUACUCUGUCGGUCCCCAACGACUUCAGAAAAAUUGAACAGAAUGAUCUAUCCAUUUCUCCUUAGGAAACCUCGACUGAUCAGUGUCUUCGUCGAUGCUGGCGCCAACAUCAACGAACUGGAUGCAGAAGGAAGUACCGCAUUGGCCAAAUAUCUUGACGAGAAGGAUAAAAAAACUCUUUUGAGAAAUGCUUCAGAUAAACAGUUACUCCUCCUCACACAUUCCCAUGAAAAGUAUAAUAUUCCAGUUUCAACCGCGUGGUCAAGGCUUACCUUCGCGAUGGGGCGCGGAUGUUCGUUUGCACCAAGAAUAACGGCAAUAUUUUCGGCGAUUUGCAAUGUGUGUCCAACUUAAGUAAAUUGCAUCUCGGUAAUGUCACGGUGUAAUUUCAUAAAAAGUUCAAAUUCCAGGAAAAUUCAUCACGCUCAAGGAUAUGGCGGCGGCGGCGGUCGAAGCCAACUUUUCUGGAAAUUACUUGAAAAAAGUCCUGCCCCAGAGUCUUUGCGAAUAUAUCGGUCUACGUGGAAAAGAUUUUCUGAGCAGCUUGCCGAUGAAAAAAUGCUGUUCGCAUGCUCGUCGUGGAAUUUCCUGA